GCAGCGCCACCGGUGGGGUGUUGCUCUUCCUGGGCGGCGAGAAAUUGGCAGGCGGCUGGCGUUGCAAUGACAUUUGGCGCCUGACGCUGGCCAAACACGCCUGGCGCGCGUGUGAGUGGAAGCUGAUCUCCGCGCACGACGAAGGUCAAAGCGAUGACCGUGGCCGGCGCUGGCACCGCAAGUGGAAGCCUCGCUGCAACUUUGCGGCGGCAUGUGCAUCAGCUCGCCGCGGCUACUUGCUGUACGUGGCAGGCGGUGAGGAUGCCGUGGGCUACCGCCUGAACGAUGUUUGGGCGUCUCAAGAUGGCGGCCUCAGCUGGCGCUGCAUGUCGCAG